AUGUCGGGAUUGGGGUCUAAGGCCAAAGGUUCGAAGCCUGGGUAUACGAAUCCGGCGUUUAGGAUGAUGGGUAUACCAGCGUUGAGAUUGCCUUCGCGAAACUGGAUGAUCUUCUGGUCGGUGGUAACGGCAUCUGUCUCUGGUAUAGCGUACGAUAAAUACAAGCAAAAGCAGAUUAGGAGCCAUUACAAAGCUGCAGUGAAGCCCCUGUCAUCUGGGAGCUUGGAUGUUAACAGAAAACCGAGAAAGAUAACCGUUUUUAUUGCACCUCCACCAGGCGACUACCUGGAUACGUCUUUGAAAGUGUGGAAAAGGUACGUUAAACCUAUCCUGUACUAUGCAGGUCUGGAUUAUGAGGUCAUUGAGGAAGAGAAGCAGGGGUUUAUACGGACGGAAGUUGCGAAUAGGAUCAGAGAGUUGAGAAGACAAUUGAGACAAGCACAAUCUCAGAACAGCAGUCAAGAGAAAGAGGAGCUGACUGCUGUGCAAGGUGGAGACGACGAGUUUAAUGCAGAACUUGCCAAGCAAUUUAAGAGCGACUUUGAUUACAGGGAUGUCAUGGGCAUAUUCUACAAUGCGCAAAAACCAACCGUGGUUUACGAGGACGCCCUGAACCCGGACCCGUCCUUCGCCGGUGGCGUCAUCUGUCUAGGCAGAGGAGCCUAUAAAGAGUAUAUUACUGGGCUACACGAGGGUCUGCUGGGCCCAUUGGAUCCCCCAGAGGCUUCAACGGACCUGCCAGAGAACGAGAAAGCUGAGCAGGACAAGAUCUCUAGUGAGCGAGAUGGUCAAACAGCCAACGCUGAAACCAAUGAUGAACUAAACGGAGAGCAGGAGUCGGGCAGUGGUAAAAGUGAAGAAACUGAAGAGGACAAGAAAACCGGCAGUAAUAAUGCGCUGAAACCUUUUAUCAGCCCAGACGAGUACUCUGACGUAGAAUUUCCCGUGGAGCUAAGUGCAGCCCACAAUGAUCCUUAUAUCAGGGAUCCUGCCACGCAGGUUCCUUUCCUUUUCCACCAGGCAGUUCUUAUGAUUCCAGUUCCAAACUUGAUCGGCUUCUUGAAUAUUCCAGAGAGAAUAUACCGGUUUUACCAGAAAAGGUACUAUGCCCAAGCGGUGAGUUCUGCUGUCGCAGACAUGGUUAACCAGAAAGAUAUUAGACCUUUCGAACACCCGCAAGAUCUGGCACUCGGUGAAGAGGAAGAAGACGACUGGCCUAAGAGUUGGAUUAGAGAGGGAGAGAAACGAAAGAGCGAAUGGACUAGAGAACUCAAGGAUGAUCCCAGAGUCAUCGAGUACAUUAGAGUUUACAAUAAACCAAAGUCAGACUCACAGAGCGACUAA